UGAAGGUGUCUACAAUUCUGAUCACAAUUCAACCUUUAUAUUUGGGGUCUUUGCAUAAAUUCACCUCGUAUCGAAUUUCGUCAGGAUAAAAUAUUCUAGAGCGAUUAUAAAUAAAUCAAAAUAGAAGGAAAUCAUUUUCUGAUCCUGAAUUGUGAUGGUGGAAUCUUGGGACGGCACCCUUUCCUUCACCGAGUUCUUCGUUGCAGCUUCCACUUUUUCGGAGCAAUGGCGGAAACUCAACUCGUCUCUACCACAAUGGACAUGGAUUCCUUCCCCUAAACGCCCAUGGGUUCUCCCUAAUCAUCAAGCGGGAUACUUGGCCCUGGAAAAUCUGAUUCUUCCCAGGUUAUCGGAGGGAAAUACUCAUCACAAGAGCGAUGUGGCAGAGACAGAAGAGUGCUGUAGUGAUUAUGGAGAUGAAGUCGUUGAUACAGCUGUAGUUGUUCUCAAUGAUGGUUCUGGAGAACAUCGCUACGACCUCCAUGUGGUUUAUAGCGCUUCUUACAGGGUUCCAGUGCUAUAUUUCCGUGCUUACCGCAAUGAUGGGCAGCCUCUGCUGCUAGAUGUCAUUGAAAAAGACAUCUCUAUCGAUUCAGCUAAACUUCUAACUAGAGCCAAGUGGACAUUUGUAACUCAGGAGGAACACCCUGAACUGGGGCGGCCAUGGUAUAUGUUGCAUCCUUGUGGGACUAGUGAAUGGAUGAAGCUACUCCUAAGCAGUGACGUGUCUGCUGCUCAAAACAGGAUCCCUCGAGAAAAAUACCUGCUUUCGUGGUUCUCAGUAGUUGGGCAGGUUUUUGGUAUUAAACUCCAUCUUGAGAUGCUGAAUCUUGUUGAUUCAUAGUGAUUUGUACUACUAGUUUGUUUGAGCUAGAUUUGAUAGUCCUGUGCACUCUUUUAAAUAUAUAAUGAUUUGUUCUUGCAAAA